AAAAGUUGAGCCUUACACCUUCAAACUUUCGCGCCUGUUGACUUUGCUACAGGCCCGUAUUAUACAGGUCUCUCCUAUUGGGUGCAUCUGAGACUCGAUACUACGACUUUAAAUCUUGCAUCGACGUCAUUUGGAACUGCGAACUAUUGUACGCAGUACGGUCUUACGACAUCUCCUAGGCCUGGACUCAGAGAGGCUCUUGGAAUUUGGCCUAUCAAAGACUCUGCAACCUCGAGGCGUCCCACAUCUUCAACCAUAAAUCAUGUCUUCAUUCCUCGAGAAGCAACAGGCCGCCUUUCAAAAAGGUAUUCAAAAUACUUCUACUAAGAUUACCAGCAAGCGUCCCACCGCACCAGUUUCCGUACCAUCACCCGCUCCGUCAAACGCUUCAAACACAUCGAAAAGUGAGAACAAAGAUGCUAAGCGCAAGAGAGAAACAUCGAAUGUCGUCUAUUCUCAACCUGCUGCUACUGGUUAUGGAACAGAAGCAUUUACACAAGUCACCUACGUAAUCGAGUUCUUGAAGAAGAAAGAUGAGCCAAAAACAUUCCAAGAAAUCCUAGGAUAUUUGAGCCAGGCACACGUCGAGCAAAGCAAGAAACAACUUAUUGCGCAAAUCCUUCGAAGACACGAUCGAGUUCAAUGGAUCGCCGAUCCUAAGUUAAAGACACAGACUUGGGAUUCUGGCACAUUCAAACAUCGACCUAUCAUUGGUGUUCGUAAUAAGGGCGCUCUAUUAUCAUAUCUUCAAAACAAACCUGAUGCACAAGGAGUAAGUGUUAAGGAUUUGAAAGAUGGUUGGCCAGACUGUGAGGAAGCGAUAAAUGAGUUGGAAGCCGAACAUAGAAUUUUGGUUACGAGGACAAAGAAGGAUAACCAUGCACGAAUGGUUUGGAUCAACGAUUCUACCUUGAUACACCCCGUCGAAUCCGAAUUCCAAGUCAUGUGGCACAGAACCGAACUCCCCAGCGUCGAUGAUCUCGUUCGCAAACUCCUCGAAGCUGGCCAAAAGCCUGCUAGUGAAGACCCAAGUAAACGUGUCAAAACAGCUCCAAAGCCAAAAGAAAAGAAGAGAAAGGCUCCAAGGAAGGGCGGCCGAACUACAAAUACUCACAUGCAACACUUGUUGCGCGAUUAUUCUCACGUGAAGAGAUAGAUAGAUAUGACGACGGUAGACUGAAAUUGUACCAAAAUUGUGGAUGGCGUUUUUUUUGGAGGGUUUUCACAUCAUGGUAUACAUUGGGGCGUUCAAAUCUCGUAUCUCAAAGGGCAAUUCCGGAUUUGUAGAUCCCAAGGCACAUAUGGGAUGGGAUAGAUGGGACGGGACUGGGUUG